GGUAUAAAUACAAGUCGAACCUAUCCUCAGGCACAAGCUUCACUUGAGCAUUUCAUGAUAAAUCCAUCUACCUUAACCUCUCAAUUUACUACGAUGCAACACCUCAAUAACCGGGCAGAAAAUCAGCUGGGCAGUACAGUAGCGUGUGAGCUGGAUAACUUUGGGAAAGGAGCCUGGGUGAAUCAGGCCUACAGUGGCUCUCCUGCACCCAUCAGACGCCCCAUCAGCACCAUCUACGACCCUCAGCCCAUGUUUCACAGUUCUUUGGAGAACAUGAACCAACUGAAUCUGCCUAAUCCCUAUUUGGCUGAGGAUAAAGUGCGAACCCACCCCACUGAGGAGAAGAAGUCUGGAUGCUGCUCCUUUUUCUUGAAAGCCAUCAAAGGACUGUGGGGAACAGCUCUAAGAAAAGACACAAAGGAGAAUCCUGAGCUCAAUGUCAAAGCAAAUCUCAAAGAACUGCUCAUCUACAUUGUUUUCCUAGUGGAUUUGUGUCUGUUGACCUAUGGCAUGACCAGCAGCGCCACCUACUAUUAUACAAAAGCUAUGACCGAUCUAUUUGUGAACUUACCGGGUGGCAGCGGAAUCAGCUUUUCCUCCAUUGGCAGCGUGAAUGAUGUCUGGACGUACAUGGAGGGCCCAUUACUUGACAGCCUGUACUGGACUAAGUGGUAUAAUGAUGAGCCUCUUCAGAACGAAAAUCAGUCCUUUAUUUACUAUGAGAAUUUGUUGUUAGGAGUCCCCCGUAUUCGACAGCUCAAAGUGAAGAGCAACUCCUGCAAGGUGCACAAAGACUUUCAGCAGGAGAUCUCCGAGUGUUUUGAUGUGUACAAAGACAAGAAGGAGGAUGACAGCAUGUUUGGACUGAUCAACGGAACAGCCUGGCAGUACCACUCAGAAAAGGAGAUCAAAGGGUCAAGUCACUGGGGGUUACUGACCACAUACAGCGGAGCAGGAUAUUACCAAGACCUGGCAAAGACCAAAGAAGAGAGUACUGCUAUUCUGAAGGACCUCAAAGACAACCUGUGGCUUGAUCGUGGAACUCGAGUUCUUUUCAUUGACUUCACGGCAUACAAUGCCAACAUCAAUCUCUUCUGUGUUGUAAGACUGGUGGUUGAAUUUCCAGCUACCGGUGGAGCAAUUCCAUCCUACCAGAUCCGCACUGUAAAGCUGAUUCGUUACGUCACCACCUGGGAUUUCUUCAUCAUCGGCUGCGAGAUACUGUUCUGUGUCUUCAUACUCUAUUACAUUGUGGAGGAGAUUCUGGAAUUCCGAAUCCACAAACUGUCCCAUUUCAACAGCAUCUGGAACAUUCUAGAUUUAGUGGUGAUACUGCUUGCUGUGGUGGCGAUAAUCUUCAGUGCCUUUCGGACCAUCAAAGUGGAUGAGUUACUUGGAAACCUUCUGAAACAACCUGACAUCUAUGCUGAUUUUGAAUUUCUUGCAUUUUGGCAAACCCAGUACAACAAUAUGAAUGCAGUAAAUUUGUUUUUUGCUUGGAUUAAGAUCUUCAAGUACAUCAGUUUCAAUAAGACGAUGACCCAGCUUACGUCAACCCUGGCUCGGUGUGCAUUAGACAUCUUUGGAUUUGCCAUUAUGUUCUUCAUUGUGUUCUUUGCAUAUGCUCAGUUGGGUUACCUGCUCUUUGGAAUGGAAGUAGAAACAUUCAGCACAUUUAACAAGUGCAUUUUCACACAGUUUCGAAUCAUCCUUGGAGACUUCAAUUAUGACGCCAUUGACAGGGCAAACAGAGUACUUGGACCAAUAUACUUUUUCUCCUAUGUGUUCUUUGUCUUCUUUGUGUUACUGAACAUGUUUCUGGCCAUCAUCAAUGACACAUACUCUGAAGUGAAGUCAGAACUCGCUUCUCAGAAAGAUGAGUUCCAGAUUUCAGAUCUCAUCAAACAGAGUUAUGCAAAGACCUUCAUGAAACUGAAACUUAAAAAGGAAAAGAUCUCUGAUGUUCAGAAAGCCCUGGAUGGAGGCUCGAGUGAGCUGGAGUUCAAAGAUUUCAGGGAUGCUUUGAAAGGAAUGGGUCAUGCUGACCAUGAGAUAUCAGCAGCUUUCUCCAGAUUUGACCAAGAUGGGAACCAGACUUUGGACAAGCAGGAGCAGGAGAAAAUGAAACAAGAGCUGGAGGAAAAAAGGGAUGCACUCAAUGCAGAGCUUCGUAAUCUUGAAAACAGUGUUGAACCCACAGAGGACCACAGAAACAAAGUUCCUCUGGAGGACUUUCAGAGGCUUGUUCACAAAGUUGCUCAGCUUGAAAAUGCUGUGACCACUAUAAUGUCCAAACUGGAUGCUGUUAUGGAGAAAAUGAGACUUCAGACAUUCAACACAGAAAACAGAGACAUGGAUAAGCAGACGGCUAGAGAUGAUGAAUCAAGACCGGCUUCAGGAGGGAAUAUUCAGGUAAACCUGGAAAGAGUCUUAGCUCAGGGACCACCAUCCUGGUCAUUAGGUGGUCCGAUGGGGAAUAUGAGGAAUCGUUUGCACCCAGAUGUAGGAUGGCCAGUCGUCUCCGAGAACAGUAGUUCUGCACGCCACUGAUUCAUCAAAACCUGAGUUUAAAACUGACUAAUAUAUAUAAGCUUAACCUAAGCCCGGUCUGUGGAUAUAGACUCAGAAUGUGACCGUAAAGAGGAAGGUAUUACUGUAGAAUAGAUGUAGCACUCUGUUACCAAUGGCACAGAAAUCUGCUUGUGUCUCUUCUCCAUACUGACUGUUUAACAUGUGCAGUUACUGUGGCAUUUAUAGGAGGGAAUAAGAGGUGAUAUGAUUGUCAGUCUGAUUAUAUUUGUCUUUAAGGCUUGAUUAAUGUUUCAGCACAGUGUAAUUAAUGUAUUGUGGUGUGUUAAAUACAUUCCCUCUAGUUUCUGGGAAUUUUUCAACUAUAUCAAGCCACAAACUAUUCUUCUGACCUUCCUCCCUGUUGAAGAACUUUCAUGAUUACUAUUAGUUCUUGUGAAACAACUUCUGUACAAAUAAGAUAAGUGGGAAUUAUUAAUUAAACCCUGCAUAAUGUAAUCUCAAAACGUUAUUUCCAAUUAUAUAUGGAAACUUCACUGAGCUAAAAUUAGUGAGAAGAGUCGAUGCAUUUGACAAAUUAUGAAAACAGUCAAAGUUCAAUGUGUAUUAUUAGUUUAUGGAACAUUAUUAUAUACUUUGAGGCAUUUUCCUUAAUCUCCUUCUUUACUUUGAUAUGAACUUCUUGUAAAUGUUGUAUUUUAUAGUGAGAAGCAUAUCAGUGUAUACUCAAACUACUUUAGUUUAUACACUAAUGUUGAAACAAUAUUGCUAGUAUAUACAAAAAGAUAUUUAUAUAUUUAUCUUUCUCUUCUUUUCUGAUUCAAAUAAAUUAAAAUUGCAAAACAAAUGGUUUCAUCAUUUACUAUGUUAAACCAGACCAUACAUUUGUUUGUUUGUUUUUUUAAAAAGAAAAAAAAAAAUUCUUGUCCAAUGGUUCAUUUAUUGAGACUCAUUUAGACUAAAAAGAAAACUUGAAAUGCUAAAUUGUAUUCAAACAUUUCUGCCUUUUACAUUCAAUGCUUUGAGCAACCUCAAUAUUAUGGUUUGAAACAUGCAAUUCCUUAACAUCCCCAAGGGAAAAAAAAAAAAAAAAAAAAAAAAAAUCCAAACCUUAUCUCUGGCUACUCAAAAAUGGCACGCAUAUUUGUUAAAACAGCAAAAGGACAAAUUUACAGUAGGCUCUAAAAUAAAUCAUACAGCUCUCUACGAGGGUCUCAAAGUGUUCAACUGAAAUUUGUGUGGGACUGAGCAAAAAUUAAGGCUUGCUUGUAACUGUCAGUCACACAUGUAACGUUUGUCUAACAUACGCUGCAUUAGUUCUGCAAAAGUCUGUCAAGUAGAGCGCAUGCUUUGAAACCCUUAUUCCAGGCCAAGAUAUCAAAAGAUAUUUACAGGUAUGGCCAUCAUGACCCUUUCUCCAUAGUGAAUGGGAGAGAUUUCACUGUCUGUAAAUUGGAGUAAAAAGAUACACUAUACACACCGUAUCAAAGAGCUCUAGAAUCGGAGGAGAACAAGGGAGCUAAUGUGGAUUAAAUAUACACCACUGCACAUAGAAAUUCAUUUACACGUCAACAUUUACAAGACACAGGUUCAAUGAACCCCCAAAAAGUGCCUUUACUUACAUUUGUUUGCCAAGUCAGAAUGCAGAAUGAAAGUUUUUUUGUUGCCAUUUGUUGUGUUUUUGUACAAAAUUCAAAGUCCAUACUGCAAUGAACAAGCAAACGCAUGAUCAGUUUAGGAAGAGAGAAAAAAAAUGAAAAUACUUAGUUCAAAAAACCAUUUACACCACGGGUUUUCUGCAAUGUACCUGUGAAGUUCCUGAAGCUGGGAUUUAAGGGAAAAUCAGCAGUUUUCCUCAAGAUAUGCAGUAAAAAAAAAAAUGGUGGGGAUACAAGAGAUA